CAUUAGAGGAGAUUAUGAAGAAGCUUUAAAAUCCUGAGCCUGGCAUGUGGUAUGAGCAGUGUUCAGAGAGCUUGCUCACAAGGGACUGGUUAUCAUAGACAAUUGGAAAGAAAACAAAAAAACACCUUCCCUGACAGAAGAUGCCAGUGAUCAACAUCGAGGACCUGACAGAAAAGGACAAGCUGAAGAUGGAGGUAGACCAACUCAAGAAGGAAGUGACAUUGGAAAGAAUGAUGGUUUCCAAAUGUUGUGAAGAAGUAAGAGAUUAUAUUGAAGAAAGAUCUGGAGAAGACCCUCUAGUGAAGGGGGUUCCAGAGGACAAAAAUCCCUUCAAGGAGCUCAAAGGAGGCUGUGUAAUUUCAUAGGCAGGGGAGAAGUUUUCUUAGAAUUCUAGAAUUUUAAUGAUAAUGCAAACUGUUCUCCUAUAUAAUUAAACUUGUAUAUGUUGUUUAACUUUAUAAACUUUAAAUUUUAAUAAAAAUGAGCAUGCAAUAAUAUGUACACUCAUGCCUUUCAUGAAGUAUUUCACAUAAGGUUUAACAAAUAAUUAACUGUGAUACUGAUGAAUCCUGCUUUAGAAUCAGUGUAUUCUUAAUUGCCUGGGUAGUUUUAUACUUAUUUUCCUUUCAAUAUUAAUAAUACUAUUCUUGAACUUUU